AUGGCCCCGGCAUCAUCACGUCGCCGCCGCCGAUCCGAUACAGACAAUACCGACGAAGACCACGACGAAACUCAUCACGGACGCCGCUCGUUUGCCGACGAUAUUGGCUCUUCUAAGCGCCCUAGACUUGACGAAGAUGGUGAUCACGAUGUAGCCUCCGAGCAACUCCAUCACGGGAAAGUGAACGGUGCACCGAACGGAAAUGAAAUGGAUGAUGGCUUCCAACCAGGUGCCAUCGUUAGAGUCAGCGUGCAAAACUUUGUCACAUACGAAAAGGCAGAAUUUCUGCCUGGGCCUCACCUCAACAUGGUGGUUGGCCCAAAUGGCACUGGAAAGAGCUCUUUGGUCUGCGCUAUCUGUCUGGGCCUAGGCUACAGCCCGAAACACCUUGGUCGUGCUGGCUCAGUCAAGGAGUUUGUUAAACACGGAAAAGAUACGGCCACAAUUGAAAUCGAACUCUACAGGCGACCGAAUCAUCGCAAGAACUACGUCGUCAAGGUUCAAAUUCGUCGAGAACAGAACAAUCAGAAAUGGUGGCUCAAUGGUAAAGAAACCAGCCACAAGGAAGUGCAACGGUUGAUACGCAAGUUGAAGAUUCAGGUAGAUAACCUGUGCCAAUUCCUUCCGCAGGACAGGGUUGUCGAGUUCGCUGCCUGCACACCUGUGGACCUUCUGCGGGAAACUCUUCGCGCAGCCGCCCCUGAAGAAAUGCUAGUCUGGCAGAAGCAACUUCAAGGAUUGGACAAAGAUAAGAAAGAAUUAGAACAGGCUACACAUGUCGACGCAGAAACUCUGAAAAACUUGGAGAACCGACAACAAGGUCUCCAGACGGACGUGGAUAGGAUCCGGGAACGGGAAGAAAUCAUAGAGCAGGUGAAAAAUCUCAAGUCAGCCUUGGUUUUUGCCAAGUACUCGGAGGCUCGUACAAGACACAAAGAUGCCAAGGAGCGGAAGAAACUCGCAGAGAGGUCUCUAAGGCGCCUCGAACACGACGCCGGCCCCUCAUUACAGGCCGUGAACGAAAAGCAGCUCUAUGCCCAGCAAAUUGAUGAAGCGACAUUGGCAAGAAAAACAUCACUGAAGAACGCAGAAGACGCUGCGAAGAAACUGGCGCGUGAUGCAAGCACCGCUUCCGACAAACUCAAAGAGUUCGAGAAUGGUCUUGACGCGGAACGCAAAGGAUUUGACGCCAAGCGAAAGGAAUUGGCCCAGUCCAAGUCAAAAAUAACUGCUCUCCAAGCCGAUAUUAGAAACCAACCAGAAGAGUUUAAUCCUUCCGACUUUAAUCAAAAAAUUCGAGGAGAAGAACACAACCUAAGAGAAUUAGAAGGAGAGCUACGCGAAGUGUCUAGCCAACGCGAGGAAGUAAAGAACAAGGGCAAAACGAUCAACAAUGAGAUCCGACAAGUGGAGAGUAAUAUCAAGUCAUUGGAAACCCAGCAAGGUCAACAACUGAACUUCAUGCGGAAGAACUUCCCCGAGCUAGCCACAGCGUGGGCAUGGAUCCAAGAGCAUCAAGGAGACUUUGAAAAGGAGGUUUUUGGCCCACCCAUGAUCAGUUGUUCCAUCAAGGACGAACGAUAUUCGGAUCAGGUGCAGUCCCUUCUUCAAGGAGAUGACUUCACAUGCUUUACAGCACAAACGAAAAAUGAUUACAAAAGGCUAUCAGACGAGCUCUACCGUGUUCAAAGCUUGUCUGUCGUUAUUCGAUCUUGUGCUCAGCCUCUCAAUGCCUUCUCAAGACCCGUCAGUAUAGAUGAGGCAAGCGACCUGGGUCUCGAUGGUUUUGCCAUCGACUUUCUUGAGGGACCCGAACCCGUUCUAGCAAUGCUCUGUGCUGAAAAGAGGCUUCACCAGUCGGGAGUCUCUCUCAGGGAUCACAACGAUGCUCAAUACGAUCGUCUGGUCAGAAGCGGCAGAGUUAACUCCUGGGCAGCCGGUAACCAGUCUUUUAUCGUCAGGAGACGCAAAGAAUAUGGACCCCAGGCCAUGACCACCCUCACCAAGAACAUUCCACCUGGGAGAUUCUGGACCUCACAGCCCAUUGACGCCCAAGAGAAGCAAGAAAUGAACAAGCGAUUGGCUGAGUUGAAUGGUGAAAGAGACAUUUUGAAACAGCAAUACCAUGAGUUGCAUGAGAAAAUCCAAGCCAUCGAGGACCGACGGACCAGCACUCAUGAUAAUAUUACUCGACUCAAGUCAGAAAAGAAUGCCCUGCAAAAAGAAUACCAAAAAUGGCAGUCUCUGCCUGAGAAGAUCGAAUCCGAGGAGCGCUCCAAGAGAGCUCAUGAACAAUCCAUGCAAGAUGCACGCAGACGAAUGGUCGACAUUCGUUACGACUGGGACGAAGCGGUGCUUCGUCGGGCUGAGAUUGUUCUUCGCCACAAGGAAGCCAUUGAAAACAUACGAAGGGCACAUCAGGCACUCCUCGAAGCCGAGAUCCGCGGCAUUGAAGCCUACUCCGAUAUCGAAGGUCUUAAAGGACGAAAUGCACAUAUCAUGCAGCGUCUUGAUGCUGAAAAGGAGAUAUUGCAACAGGCCACCGAUGACGCCAGUCGAGCGCGCGACGAAGGCAACCGUCUCUCCGACGAGGUCCAGCAAGUCCUUGAGCAUGAGCCAGAGAAGCGCGAGCUAUUUUCACAACUCUGCGAAAACAAGUCUUCCCAAGAUAUUCAAGAGGAAAUUGGUGGAGAAGAGGCGAAACUUGAUAUAAUACAUGUCGCCAAUCCUAAUAUAAUACGGGAGUUCGAAAAACGCGCUGAGGAAAUCGAUCGUUUAACACGAAAGAUAGCUGGAUCCAACGAUCAGCUGCAGGGGCUGAGCCAAGAAAUCGACGAAUUGAAAUCCAGAUGGGAACCACGACUUGACGAACUAGUUUCAAAGAUUAACGACGCCUUUGCAUACAACUUUGAGCAAAUAAGUUGUGCCGGUGAGGUUCGUGUUCACAAGCCGGAGGACUUUGACGCCUGGGCUUUAGACAUAAUGGUUCGUUUUCGCGAAAAUGAAACCCUUCAACAGCUGACAGCACAUCGGCAAUCCGGUGGCGAGCGAGCUGUCUCCACCAUCUUCUUCCUCAUGGCUCUUCAAUCUCUAGCCCAAUCACCGUUCCGUGUCGUGGAUGAGAUCAACCAGGGCAUGGACCCUCGCAAUGAGCGUAUGGUACACGAACGAAUGGUCGAGAUCGCAUGCCGUGAGCACUCAAGUCAAUACUUUCUCAUUACUCCGAAACUCUUGACAGGUCUGCGAUAUGACCCCAAGAUGCGCGUGCUUUGUAUUGCGAGUGGUGAGCACAUGCCUCGUGAGGGGCGUAAACUUGAUUUUAGACGAUGCUUGAAUAUUCAGAAGAGGCUUACGGCCGCUUCUGCUUGA